ACCGGCGUGCAACGCGAUUUGGCAGUCGUUGGUAGUCGUGAACCGAAGCAGUCGGUGACGGGUUGUGUCUGGUUGGUGGCGUAAGAAGCGCGCAAAAGAAGUUCGGUUAUAAUUCAUACAUCCUCAUUGUAAUUCGUCUGUGUUCAAAAAUGAGCUGGCAGGAUUACGUUGACAAGCAGCUCCUCGCGUCGAGGUGUGUUACCAAAGCGGCGAUCGCCGGCCACGACGGGAACCUCUGGGCGAAAUCCGAGGGCUUCGAAGUGAGUAAAGAGGAACUGGCGAAGCUGGUGCAGGGUUUCGAGAAGCAGGACAUUCUGACGUCGUCGGGUGUGACCUUGGCCGGUAACAGGUAUAUAUACCUGUCGGGCACAGAUCGUGUGAUCAGGGCGAAGCUUGGAAAAGUUGGCGUCCACUGCAUGAAAACGACGCAGGCAGUUGUCGUAUCCCUCUACGAGGAUCCCAUCCAACCACAGCAGGCUGCCUCUGUCGUCGAAAAGCUUGGCGACUACCUCGUGUCCUGCGGCUAUUAGUAACCUCUGGGAUCCAACACAAAUAUCUAAUAUUAAUAAUAAUGAUACGGUCGAUUACUUUAAAUGACAGUGAGAAUGGGACGCGCCAUGCCGCACGAGAACUGCGUCGCAAACUGUCGACGCAGCUCUGCCGCGCGACCCGAUGACAGUACGAGUAAUAAAACCAGGAAGUCGUCGCGACGCGAGUCGCAGCCGCUGCCGCCAUCGUCGCCACCAUCGUCGUGCGCCCUUGUGAACAUCAUCGGGCCAUUUUGUCAAGCUUCGUAACCGCCGUAUUAAAUAUGUACCGCGAGCCCAUCCUCGUCGUGGUGUCGUUUCUCUGUAUUAUUCGGGAGCGACACGCGUCUCUAUUGGGCGAUAAUGGAGGCCUCUGCUCUUCUUUAUUUUAUUUUUUACCUUUAACGUCAAAGCUCCCUAGCCUAGAACGAGAACUGAGGGCAAUAAAGAAAGGAAAGAAAAAAGAUACCCAAUCAAUAGACACGUACACGCGCGCGCGUAACAAGACCAAUUAUUAAGAAUUGCGAGAAGAAAAAUGCAUAAGUCGACACAACAUCCGUAUUCGCAGAGUAGUAUGUUUUGUGAAUGUGGAAUGGAUCCAAUGAAUACUUUGCCAAAAAAUGGAAAACGAAAAAGUAUCGUUAUUUUUUUUCUUAAUUUCUUUCUCUUUCUUUCACUUACCACUCUGACUUUUUUGCUAUAUCUUUGGUGAUACACAUUUACAGUUAACGGACGCACAUCUACAUUUAUUAUACGGUACUCCUGUGUGCGAGGGCGGGAGGGGCGAAGGAGGGGAGUGGAUAAGAAUUAUAUCCGUACCGUUAUAAAAAAAGUGGUUGUGAUACUACUGUAUUAUUACGUAUACCAUCCACUUUUUUCUAACGCCGAUGGCAGCCCUCCCAUACUUUUUGGAAAGGGAUUGCUUUUUUUUUUUAAGGUAUAGCAAAGUUCAGGGACGUAUCGAUCGAUCGAUCUAGAAAAUAGGGAGAUACUCGCUCUUGAUACAGUAAAGAAAAAGAGAAAGAUUAAAAAGAAAAACAGUAACAUCACUUCCUCAUUGAAUUCCCUCCUUAUAAGCUAUACCAUUCAUUCAUUCGCUCAUUGUAUCGUCUCUUUGUAAAAAUACAGCGCCGCAUUAAGCGAUUUUUGACUUUACCUUUCUUUAUCACCAGAAUUCUGAAAAUGGUAUGCUACUCAACAAUGACGUCUGUUUCUCGGCACGUAUUAAGAAAUUGGGGCUAAUCUCGUUUGGAUAAAUCAUUCGCUAGGCUUAAAUCACUGUACAAUGUAGUACAUGUGAAUACUGUGUUUUUUUUUGGGCAUCUCAAAAGUCUCCGGUACAUAAACUAGAUGGCGCUCCUUGACGUGAGCGCUUUAAAGAAGAAGGAAAAAAACAAAGAGAGAAAAAGCUGAGUAUCCGCUUGAAAAAUAAAGGAAAAUCAAAUUGAUUAUCGUGACGAGGCUCAAUCGUAUGUACACGCACGACGUACACGAAGAUCGUUGACAAAAAUGAAAUACUGAUAAUAUUUGCAAUCAUAAACACAUGCGUGCGCAUGCGCGGUAACUCUUGGUUAUAUACGUGGACGACGAUAUCAAAUGAUUCUCUCAUAGGUUGGAUUUUCGGCCAUGUAUUCACGUGAUCGGCGAUCCUGUUUUAUUCGGAUGAAAUUUCUUUUGUCACUAUGUUUAUUCGUGUUUAUUAAAAGUAGCUACUCUACUGUCUUUAUCGAUGCUACGUGUAAUUAAGGAAAGACCGUACGAUGUGUCAUAAUUGCUGAGAUUUUCUCCUUUAAACGAAUAUAAGAGGAACAAGGAGGCUGGUGUGAUCGGAUUAUUAUUGAUUUGUGCUUAUAGAUCGAACGCAGGAGGAAUUUUAAGGAUUUUUGUAGGUACGAAGGAUGGGGAGAGGAACGAUAAAAGAAAUCCAGAAAGACACAGAAUGACACAUACACAUAAAUUCAUAAGACCGCGCGCAUACACGCACAUAGAUGCCAUUUGUCAUAUGUUUAGCGUACUAUUUUCGAAGCACCUACGAAUUUCCCUGAUCUGUGGAAGUUAUUCACGUUGGGCUCCGACGACUGGUUAUUUGUUUUAAUUUUUCAUUGUAUCUUGUUUUCUGGAUGCUCUGCCUGUGAGAAUUUUUUUAAAGAUGUCGAAAUAAUAAAUAAACUAUACGAAAGCAUUUUAAUACCACUGUUCUCGAUCCUGCUGCUUGUACUAUUCUGUUAUAUCGGAUGCGCCAUAAUUCACGAUGUGUGCACCUUGACUAAUUAAAGUCUGCAUAUGACGAAUGGCCCCAUCGUGAAUAAGAUAUUUUUUUAAUUCAUAUGAAAAGGGAUACGCGAAGAGAUUUACAUUGGUUUAUUCGAAUUUGCUUUAUCGAAACUACGCUAAUUGCCACACGACUACUAUACUAUUACUGCUACUGCAACUACUGCUACUACUAUUACUAUUACUACUACUACUAUUGCUAUUGCUAUUGCUAUUGCUACUGUCUUAAUUAAAUAUGUGACUGCUUAAUGGAUUUUCAGCCGAGCAAUGUGUCGCCGAGAAAAUUAAAAUGAAAACAAAAAAAAAUGGUUACCAAGGAAACGUAGUGAAAUGGAGGAAAAAAUUUUAGAGUUUCAAAAGCUCACUCCGGCUAACUAGUUUAAUUACUAUGCAAUGAUUUUUAUUGAUAACGAACGAAGGGGAAAGUAAUUGAAGGGAAAAAUGAUAUCGAGAGAAACAGAUUAAAAUUGAGGUGAUAAUUUUAAUAAAAAAAGAACCUGUCGGGUUUUGGUCAGGAUUUAUUUUCUUCUAUGGUAUAAAUACAUACAGUAUUGUCAUAUGUAUACAUCCACACGCAUGCACACUAUUUUUCAUCGUAAUCGUCAUGAUUCUCAGAAUCUUUCCUUUAUCAUGACAUCGGAAGAGGAGAUUAUGAGUGGAAAAAGAUACAAAAUUUUGCUUACGAUUUUUUUGUCGUUCAACUCUCUGUCCCUCCGGAUGUAUUGUCGCGACUGACACCAUUGAAAAUUAAUCCUUUGUCAUUGUACGGAUAAACAUAACAUAGCAUACCGAGGAAGGGUAGAGAACAGACAAAGAAAAAAGAAGCAUGGAAAUAUGCGAAACAAAAUGUAAUAACAUAGAAACUUAGAUCAUGCGAGGCCCACUAUCCCUUGCGCGUGCGCACAAGGGAAUCAUUGUCUCCGGAAAGAACGGAAACGACGAAGAUGAUGAGGACGAUUCAUGCCGGAUAUUAGGUGUAGCUUUGUAAAACGAUAUUUCCUCUUAAGAUUUUUUUGCAUACAUCAAAAGAAAAAAAAAGUGAAAAAAAGUGAGAUUGUGUUAAGAGAGUAAUAAAUUUGUAUAAAGUG